AUGGGCGCUGCAAAAUCAAAAGAGCAAGAUUUAACACCCUAUGAAUUCGUCCAAGAAGACUGGCCGUGGUUAUGGGCAAUAUGGGAACCUGAGAAUUUAGACUGGAAGAUUGGGCUUUCGGACGACGAGAUCCAAGAAACUGCUCGGCGUCAAGCAAAACUGCCAGUUCCCAUUACAGAAAACCUAUUUCUAGGGAAUGCGUUUAGCGUCGAGUCCAUCGAGAAACUCAAGGCGAGGGGAAUCACAGCCGUUUUGAACAUGGCAGGUCCAAUGGCAUUGAAACGAAAGACGAUACGAGCUUACAAGAAUCAUGGAAUUGAGUAUAAGCAAAUCGAUGGAGAUGAUGAAUUUGAAUAUCCUCUACUUCAGAAGCACUGGCUGGAGGCUCACGAUUUCAUCAAGUCUACAACAAAAGACAGAACAGGAAAGUGUGUUGUCCAUUGCGUUGCGGGAAUCAAUCGGUCGGGACUGAUUGCUGCUGCUUGUUACAUGAUUGAAACCCAGAGUCCAGUGCUGGAAUCAGUAAAACACGUGCGAAAACAACGUGGAAAUGUUGCAAUAUGCAAUGAGGGCUUUCAAGCUCAGCUCGUAGCUUUCGCUCGAGUACAUGAUCUACUAGGACCACAGCCUGGAACAGAAGAGUCAAUUGUGAAACAAGCCCCGCCACCCGCAAAAGGGCAUUGGGUUUUAGAUCCUACUGCCAGAGAGAACCCUUUAGAUAAACUUUUAUAG